AUGGAGCACUCCUACAGCAGCAGCGGCGGCAUCAGCAACUACGGCGGCGCAAAGGAGAAGAGGCCCCCGCUGAAGAGGGGGCAGCUGAAGCGGCAGAUCGUCAGGACCAUCAGCAACCUCGUGCUGCCAAGGAGCGACGGCAUGGCCGCGGAGAAGCGGGCAUCGGGUCGCACCAGCUUCGGCACCUACAACUGA